GGUUGUGUUUUGUUUUUGAAGGCCACCUUUGUCUCUCUCUCUCAAGUCAUUUCUCUUCGCAAUUUUCUUUUUCUUUCUUUCACUGUUAUUUGCCCAAAGUAGGACCAGUGGGUUAGCAGAGAUGACUGGGAAGGAGAUCCUGCACAAAAUUAAAGCUAAAGCUGGGUUUGGAUCGUCGUCGUCGGCAGAAACAGGAAAAGGCAAGUGCAAGGUUUCAGGGAAGCAUAUUAGUCAUGGAUAUCACUUGGUCGAAGGGAAAUCAACUCGUCCGAUGGAGGAUUAUCUAGUUGCCGAGUUCAAGCACGUGGGCGAUCAUGAAUUGGGCUUGUUUGCAAUAUUCGAUGGCCACUUGGGCCAUGAUGUUCCGGAUUACCUGCGUUCCCAUCUAUUUGAGAACAUCUUGAAUGAGCCCGAAUUUUGGAGUGACACUAAACGUGCAAUCAAAAGAGCGUAUAAAAAAACCGACGAGAAGAUAUUGGAAAAGGCUGCAGAGUUAGGAAAAGGAGGUUCUACUGCAGUUACUGCUAUAUUAAUAGAUGGCGUGAAGCUCGUGGUGGCUAAUGUUGGGGAUUCACGAGCAGUGAUUUGCAAGAACGGCGUCGCUACGCAACUUUCGACGGAUCACGAACCAAGCAAGGAGAAGCAGUUAAUUGAGGACAAGGGUGGUUUCGUGUCGAAUCUUCCAGGAGACGUGCCUCGAGUCGAUGGGCAACUAGCUGUCGCAAGGGCAUUUGGCGAUCGAAGCUUGAAGAUGCACCUCAGUUCUGAACCAGCUGUGGUGGAGGAAACAAUCGAUGACGAAACUGAAUUACUAAUUCUAGCAAGUGAUGGGUUAUGGAAGGUGAUGGAGAACCAGGAGGCGGUCGACUCCAUCAAAGACAUAAAGGAUCCCCAGUCUGCUGCCAAGCAUCUGACAGAGGCAGCUCUGGCGAGGAAAAGCAGCGAUGACAUCUCUUGCAUCGUCGUAAAAUUUCAGUGACUGCAGCUUUUCAGAUCUAAAUCUCAUGCUCAAUCUGUCAAAAUGUAAUCUAUAUCCACUGUCAAGUUUGUCUCAAUGUAGUAGUCCUACAAAUAAGUCCAUGUGGAAAGAUCAUGAACUGUAGAAUAAGGUUGUUGAAUGAAUGAACUCUUAAUAACAUCACAUUUAAUGGUGAUGAUAAUGAUAAUAUCAUAUUUGGCUAACCCCAGAUACCAAAAUUCUUAA